AUGUCAAGAAAAGGGACGUCAAAAAAGUCUAGUAAAACCGACCCACCAAGAGGUUCACAUAUGGUCGACGGUUACCUCGUGCACACUGAUACCAGACAAAGACUGUUCUACUAUGUGUGUGUGUAUACGGUGUUCAGGAAAACUUUGGAGGCUGGAGAACAGCUUGGACCCGAGGAAGCCAUAGCUGUGAUGAAGAAGCAUAUACGUAAAAGAGUUGCUCGCUGCGUUUGUUUUAUGCUGGAGGAUCGUCUGAUAUUUGAGAAGCAUAAACCGAAAGGGAAAGAACCCUUUCGUUCGUGGAUAGCCUACGAGGAGAUACAAGACAUCAACCGAAGUCCCAGAAAGAGAGAAGUAUUUGUUCUGUCUAUUAUCACAAAUCGUGAAGACCAUCGAUAUUAUGAAGUUUACAGGUGCAACAAAAAGGACGAAGCCGCGCAAGUUGAACAUUAUAUUCAGACAGCACUGCAGGAUCCAGGAUAUCGCAUUCACUGUGGAACUCCGAUUGAUAUUGUCACAGUGCCAGAAUAUCAGGAAAAACGGAGAACUAUUGAAGGCGUUUGUCUAGAGAAUGUUUCGGAAGGAGAAACUUCUAAUGAAGAAGAAUUGAAAGGUGGACAGUACCACGCAAGCGUUAAUGGCUUAAGAAACAGUAACAUCACCAACCAUAUGUACAUGAACUCUAAUAUGUGGCCAGGUGACGAAGCUUGUGUGACUUCAGGGGAUUCAUUGCCAGUCAGUACGCAAAACGAAUCCCACUCUAGUGGCGCCACAACCCCUCCAACCGUUUUUAUUUCCCGCGAAUCAGCAAUUCAAUGGGAAAAUACUCCUGUUCGCCGCCAUUUCCUCCUCGAGAGCGGACCUAUCUCUGCCACUUCUCCCGAAUUCAGUAAUCUUCGUAGUGUGUGCGAAUUGGAGGAUGUCACUUUUGUUGACGUCAAAUCAUCGAGUAACGAUCAUGGUCCAGUUUAUCUGUACUUAAAGAGGAAACCAAGAUGGUAUGAAUAA